UCCCUGAUGGACUCAACAGCCCCUCUCAUGGUUGUUUCUUGAGGACUGGGUCAAGAUCCUCUCUGUUUUUGCCCAUGGACUUGAUGACACAAAGGACAGACAUGGUUUUGUGGUGUUUGGUGAGCUGGGAUUGCCAAAGAUCAUCAUUUCCCUGCCAAGAGGCUUGAUGUGCCAGAGGGUAGCCAGAGGGUUUGAGUCACAGCAGGCUGCAGCACACCUGGAAAUCUCCCUUGUUCUCUGAUGAGAGCUACGGGCUCUUUGGAAUUGCUCCCUGAAGCAUCUUCUACCAAUGAGCUGUAUCUCCAGAGGUGGGACUGUACUCACAAUCCUAUCUGCACUUCACAGACCUCCCUGUGUCUUCUCUGGCUCUUAACCUUAGGCCUCACCCUGCUCACCAUGGCUCUCUGGAUCCGAUCGCUGCCUCUUCUGGCCCUUCUCGCCCUUUCCGGACCUGGGACCAGCCACGGGGCUGCCAACCAGCACCUCUGUGGCUCCCACUUGGUGGAGGCUCUCUACCUGGUGUGUGGAGAGCGGGGUUUCUUCUACUACCCCAAAGCCCGACGGGAUGUCGAGCAGCCUCUGGUGAGCGGUCCCUUGCAUGGUGAGGUGGGAGAGCUGCCCUUCCAGCAGGAGGAGUUUGAGAAAGUGAAGCGAGGGAUUGUUGAGCAAUGCUGCCACAACACAUGCUCCCUCUACCAACUGGAAAACUACUGCAACUAGUGGCAAGGCUGGCGGUGGGGAGUUCGCAGGCCACAGGUAGAAACACGCACUUAUG